AUGAAACACAGAUUUUUUACACGGAUUCUCUUAUUCACUCUGCUAAUAUCGCUACUUGCGGGGUUCUCCCCGAUACUUGCCGAUUCACACCUACAGCGCGGCGGCACCCUAAUAUUCGGUCGCGGCGGCGACUCUGUGGGAUUAGAUCCAGCCCUUGAGGAAGAUGGAGAAUCCUUCAAAGUUUGCGAUAAUAUCUACGAUACGCUCGUCCAAUACAAAGAUGAAAGCACUGAACUUGAAGCAGGCCUCGCUACAAAUUGGGAAAGUUCAGAAGAUGGUUUGAUAUGGACAUUUCACCUUCGGAAAGGUGUAACUUUCCAUGACGGAACCCCUUUCAAUGCCGAAGCCGUGCUCUUUUCCCUUAACCGACAGCACGAUGAUACACAUCCGUUCCAUAAAAUUGGCGGCAGCUAUAUUUACUGGAUAGCAACUGGCUUGUCAGAGAUUGUGGACAAAAUUAUCGCCGUUGAUGACUUUACCGUUCAAAUUCACCUUAAAACGGCUUAUGCCCCUUUUAUUUAUACGAUUGCAAUAACCCCUUUCUCCAUUGUUAGCCCUACAGCAGUGAAAAAAUGGGGCAAUGAGUUUUUCAAUAAUCCAGUGGGUACAGGUCCCUUUAAGUUUGUGCAGUGGGAUCGAAACGAUAAGAUUGUGCUCGAGGCAAACGACACUUAUUGGGGCGGACCUCCUAUGUUAGAUAGAGUCAUCCUUCGCUCUAUUCCUGAUAACUCGGUGCGGCUUAUUGAGCUUCAGCAGGGCAGCAUCCACGCGAUGGAGUUCCCAAAUCCGGAUGAUUUGCAACAGAUUCGAGAUGAUGAAACGCUUGAAUUGUUAUCGCAACCCGGCAUGAGCAUCGGCUACUUGGCGAUGAACAUGGACAAACCCCCUUUCGACAAUCUCAAAGUACGACUCGCAAUCAACCACGCUAUCAACAAACCAGCAAUUAUUGAACACCUGUAUCAAGGUUUGGGAAUCCCAGCCAAGAACCCGAUUCCCCCCACACUCUGGAGUUACGACGAUACGAUUGAGGAUUACGCUUACGACCCAGAACUGGCGAAGAAACUUCUCACUGAAGCAGGAUACCCCGAUGGGUUUGAGACAACGCUCUGGGCAUUACCCGUCCCACGUCCGUAUAUUCCUGAUGGACGCGCCCUUGCAGAAGUUCUCCAAUCCGAACUCCGAAAUGUUGGAAUUGAGACAAAAGUCGUGACCUUUGACUGGGGCACCUAUCUUGAAAAAACAAAAAAUGGGGAGCAUGAUAUUGCCAUGUUAGGAUGGAGUGCCGACCUCGGUGACCCAGAUAACUUCCUCUACUUUCUUCUCAGUAAGUCGUCAGCGGAGAAGCCCGCUGGAAAUAUCGCAUUUUAUCGAAGUGAUGAAAUGCAAUCUGUUUUAGAGCAGGCGAGAGCAACCUCGGAUCGGGAAAAGCGAGUUUCGCUCUACCAAGAAGCACAGCGGAUCUUCCACGAAGAUAUGCCGUGGGUCCCAUUGGCGCAUGCAAAACAGAUCUUAGUCAUUAAUAAAAUGAUAAAAAAUCUCAAACUUCAACCAUUAAAUUGGAAAUACUUCCGCCAAAUUUGGAUCGAAAAGCCGAGAAACCCGCACUGA